GGCCGGGUCAGGUGACCGAUUAUAAGCUGCGGGGCUGGCGUUAGUCCUUGCGCAGUCCGGGGGAGCCUUUCGACCUGUGAUCAGGGCUGUUUGUCUCCCUCCUCCCUCUUGGCCUCUGCUUUUCUCCUUCCACGGCGCCUAAAAUCCACCACCACAAUGGCACUCAGCGACGCCGAUGUGCAGAAGCAGAUAAAACAUAUGAUGGCCUUCAUUGAGCAGGAGGCAAAUGAAAAGGCCGAAGAAAUUGAUGCAAAGGCAGAAGAAGAAUUUAACAUUGAGAAGGGUCGGCUUGUACAGACUCAAAGGUUGAAGAUCAUGGAGUAUUAUGAGAAAAAGGAAAAGCAAAUUGAGCAGCAGAAGAAAAUUCAAAUGUCCAAUUUAUUGAACCAGGCUAGAUUGAAAGUUCUCAAAGCCAGAGAUGAUCUGAUUUCGGGUCUGUUGAAUGAAGCCAGACAGAGACUGAGCAGAGUAGCAAAAGAUUCUACCAAAUAUCGGAGUCUUCUGGAUGGACUUGUACUGCAGGGUUUUUACCAACUCUUGGAACCUGUGGUGAUUAUUCGUUGCCGCAAACAAGAUGUUGAGUUGGUUAAGGCUUCUAUCAGCAGGAAUGUUCCCAUUUACAAGAAAAGCGUAAAUAAGGACAUUGAAAUUCACAUUGACCAGGAAAACUUUCUCCCAGAAGACAUUGCUGGAGGUAUUGAAAUGUAUAAUUCUUCUGGGAAAAUCAAGGUGUCCAAUACUUUGGAGAGUAGAUUGGAGCUCAUUGCACAGCAAAUGAUGCCAGAAAUCCGUGUAAAUUUGUUUGGUGCUAAUCAAAACCGGAGAUUCUUGGACUAAAUGCUAUGCAUAAAGUUUCUGGAUUGAGUCACACACCACGUUGAAAAUAGAUGUACAAGUUGUACUGAAGGGAAAUAAUCCAUUGUUCUUGCAUGUGUCUGAAACUGCUUCAUUUAGUAGUUUCUCUCCAUUAAAUGUUUGCUGCAUCUGGCUGAGGGAAAUUGCCAGAAAAUCUGUAUUAUUGGAAUUGCUUCAGUUUUUGUGUGUACAUAAAUCUGUUUUUCCCAAGUGUGAACAAAACGUCGAUUGAAAUUUUGGCUUUCAUUCUGCCAUCUCAAAUAGAGCAUUGAAGUUUGUAGAAGAUGUAUUGCACCCAGUGUUAUUGAGAUUGAUCUCACACUAUUUAAAUUGUAAUAGGGGUAUGUGUUUCAGAUAAUGUCUGUAUAUGUGGUUCUGAAUUAAAGAUUUUACUGGAUCCUGAA